UUGUGGUUUGAAGUUCGAAUUUCCUCGUAAAUUAAUAAAUCGGUGAGAGCUCCUCCCGUUUCCUCUUCCUUCAUCCCCAAUUCCGCGCACACGCAUAACGUUGAAGCGUGGGCCUCUUUCGCUUUCUUCUCGAGGGUUUAGACUAGGGCUCCGAUUCCCUUCCGAUCUAGAAAUCCCAGAUCUCUUUCUCUUUCUCCCUUUCUCUCUCUCUCUCUGAGAUCUGUGGUAGCGGGAAAACUGAGACACGAUGUCGGUGAAAACAGUGAAGGUCAGCAAUGUCUCGCUAGGUGCUUCUGAGCGAGACAUUAAAGAAUUUUUUUCCUUUUCUGGUGAUAUUGAAUAUGUCGAAAUGCAAAGUGAAAGCGAGCGAUCUCAAAUUGCCUUUGUCACCUUCAAAGAUUCACAGGGUGCUGAGACUGCACUACUUCUUUCUGGUGCCACAAUAGUUGAUCUCUCUGUUUCCAUCUCUCCCGCUCCUGAUUACCAGCUACCACCAGCUGCCUUAGCUCCUCCACCGGCAAAAGAAAACAAAGCUGCUGGUGGUGCAGAAUCUGUGGUUCAGAAGGCAGAGGAUGUUGUAAGCGGCAUGCUUGCAAAAGGUUUCAUCUUAGGUAAGGAUGCCCUCAACAAAGCAAAAACAUUUGAUGAGAAGCACCAGUUCACAUCCAAUGCUACGGCCAAGGUUGCAUCUCUGGAUAGAAAGAUGGGACUUAGUGAGAAGAUAAGCAUGGGCACCGCUGCGGUCAAUGAGAAAGUUAAGGAAGUCGAUCAGAAAUUCCAUGUCUCCGAGAAGACUAAGUCUGCAUUUGCUGCUGCAGAGCAACAGGUCAGCACUGCUGGCUCUGCCAUUAUGAAAAACCGUUAUGUGCUUACUGGAGCUACAUGGGUGACUGGUGCCUUUAACAAAGUUGCCAAGGCUGCAGAAGAUGUGGCCUUGAAGGCCAAAGGAAAAGUCAAGGCAGAAGAAGAACGCACCGGAAAAGACACAGAAGGUUAUCAAGCAAUUCAUCUCUCGGAAUCUCCAAAAUCUAUUACACCCAGCGAGCCUUCUUCAAAGCCUCCACCUGCACAAGGAUUGAUUCUUUGAUUGUCUAAGGCAUUUGAGAAUAGGCUUUAUAAAUUUUGAACGUUUGGUGUUUCCAUGUUUGUAUCCCGUUCUCUGUAGUUGGUUGGACUCUGUUAAGUGAAAGAUUGCCGACCGUGUGCUCUCUGUCUUCCUAAUGGUGAGAGCUCAACUCUUCAACAGAGAGGAUAGUGCCUUUGAUGUGGAACUGGCAAUCAUUCAAAUCGUGAUCGUGGUAAUGUAAGUUAUUUUGUUUGA